GCUUGCCUUUAAUUGAAUGAUAUAUAUUAAAUAAUUUUUCAAUUUUAAAUUUAAUAUUAGCAGUCAGAAAUUAUUGUAUUUGCAAUGGAUGAAGUGAAAUUAUAUAUUAAAAGCAUCGUUUGCAUAACGUGUUUAAGUAGCGACCGCGAUGUUUUUUGUCCAACUUCAGAUGAAGCGGCUUUAAUUUCAAAGCUCGAGGUUAACAUGGAAGAGGACAGAAUAUGUUGGGAAUGUAGAGCCAUAUUGCACAAGUUUUUAAAAUUCGAACAACGAGCUGUGAAGGCGCAGACAAUAAUGCAGAAAGUUUUAAACGGUAAAAUGAAUGUAAUAGACAGUUUGUCCACUUUAAAAUGGGAAGUGAAAGUGGAUGGUAAAAGAAAGCAUUAUAUUGAAAACGAAUCCAGCAGAAUACUAAUCAAAGAUGAUCAGAGUACAGAACCUAAGGGUGAUAUAAAAACAGAGGUUGACAACAACAACGAGUUCAGUGAUAUGGAGGAAGAAGAAAAUGAAGAUAUCGCCAAGGUGAUGGUGAAACUAGAGAACGAUAAGCAGAUUGGACAGUACGAGAUGUAUGAUUACGAUGCGGGAAACGAUAAGGGUGAUGGUAGUAGAGAUGAAGCAGUGAUCGGUGAUCAGGAGAACGAAACUCAUAUUGAGGCGGGCAAUUCUGCAAAUGAGGUUGCCAGCAAUGAAAUAUACGAAAAAGCUGAACUAGUACAAGUUUUCCCGGACAAUUUUGACAUCGAUGAUGAUACCACACAUAAAUUGAUUGAUACAAUGCUUGAAACGUUCCUGCAGGGUACAGUAAAGAAGAAGACUAAGAAGUCUGCCAGUUUAUUCGGUUGCAGCAAGUGUGACGUGAAAUACUUAAAUGAAAGCCAACUGGCCCAUCAUGAGAAAACGGCUCAUAAAGGAUCUUUUAAAUGCAAAUUCUGUGGGAAAAUAUUCUCAAAGAGCUACAACUUGAAAGUGCAUGAACAAAUUCACGCGAAUUCUGCCCGGCAAACGUACAGUUGCAAUAUAUGCGGCGACACGUACUUGGACAGUAAGAGCGUUCACCAGCAUCUGAAGGAUGCACAUGAUUACAAAUUUCCAAUAAUACAUACGAGGCAGCGUAGCAGCGGCUCUCUACGCGAUCCCGAUGACUUGUUAGUCUUUAAGAAGUGCAGCAUAUGUGAUAAAUUAUUCAAAUCCAAGUCUGCUUACUAUAUGCACCAGAAGGAACAUAGCAAUGAAUUUUAGUACAAUUUUAUCUCUUAACGUCUCAGAUAAAGUGUGGCCUCCUUACUAAAUCAGGUGUCCAUGAGUUGCAUCGACUAAUUUAUUUGCCACUUGUCUAGAGGGUAUAUUUUUUUUAAUGGAUGAUAAUGGAAUGGUACCUCGCCUUCCCUAUCGGUAUACACUGGCGGGGCACCAAUGAGGGUUGAUUGAUGAGAAUGAAUGGACAGGUCAGUUAGUCCAUUAUGGCGAAUUUAACGAUAAAUCAAUGACAAUGGUUUCCAGGGGGAACCGCGUGGAGGUCGACCUGAUAGGGUAUAUUGAUCAAUCCCCCCCCCCCCCCCAGAGAGCCUAUAUUAACUACAUGAACCAGCAUAUAAAAUAUACUAUGUGCUAAGAUAGGAUAUAAACUACUCGUGUACAAAAUUUCAUUCAAAACUGUUCAGUAUUUUGAUUACAUAUGUGAAUGUGAAAAAGACUCUAUUUUCCGCGUUAAGCCUCUCAUUUGGGCCGUUGUGCGUAUGAGUCGUGGCUAGUACAGCCAACCCAGCUCUGCCCAGAAGCACAGAAGCUUCCUGGGUUCUUCACAGGCCUCACGGAGCGACCUCACCGUUCCGAGGAUUUCUAAACGUUGAUGGGCCACAGCCUCACAUUCCAGGAUUACGUGAGCAUCCGUUUCUUCGGCGUCGAAACAGCCUCGACAUAGAGGGCUGUCUGUGGCUCCUAUUGUGUAUAAAUGUUUGUUUAAACGACAAUGGCCCGUUAUUGUCCCUAUCAUUAUUUUGAGGUUUUUUCUAUUUUUUUUUUUAUUCAUUGAUUACAUAACAAACAUACAAACUUUCAAAUUUAUAACAUUAGGAAGAAGUAGGAUUUGCUAUUUUGUUUAAAUUUUUUUUUUAAUUUUUAUAUAAAUGUGCAAAUUUUUUUAA